GUAUCAUUCUCUGCAGGCCUUAGAACCCGAAAAUCUGUAUUCCGACCACCGGCAAAGGAAGAUUCAGCGAAACCUCUUCAUUACAACUUUCUCGCUGAUCGACCUUAUGAUCCGAAGUGAAAAAAUAAUCAAAAUUUGAACAAGGAUACAUCGAAAUGGAAAAAAUUGUCUUUGGUUCUUCAAUGAUUUCAUUGUUUCAGAAACUUCUGAAAAAACCUCCAUCCUCUAGAUUCGUCGCUGCCUUUCACCCUUUACAAACACCAAACCCCAUUAUUCCUCUUAAUCAAGGACACGACUUACCCACUGAAACUCUCCCGACAAGCCCAAUAUUAACACAUCAAUUUGUUGGGUCCUCAAGUUCAACCUUGAUCUUCCCUAGUUUCCCUUUUGGGUUUGCUUCAAAACCCGUUUUGGAAAAUGGGAUUCUUUCCCAUGUGGCAGAGGAUGCUGAGUUGGAAGAUGCUCAAACCCUUUGGGCAGAUAGCGUGAAGAAGAAGCGGAAGAAGAAGAUGAACAAACAUAAGUAUCAGAAGCUUAGGAAGCGUAUGAGGAGACAGACUUAGGUGAGGGUUCAAUUGUUUAUGAGGCUAAUGAAUUAUGAUUUGGUUUUUCUAUGAUCAAAAGAAACUGUGAUAUUGAUUUUGUUUCAGUUAGUUUAUAGUGGAGGAAAAAACAAUUGAGGAAAGUGGAAUGAUGUUUUAAUUUACUUGGAUUCCAAUUGUUUUGGUUUUUUGUUUUUUCUUGUAAUAACCGCUGUUUCUUGAUGAUCUUUGACUUGAGAUUGUAAUGCCCAUGAAAGAGCAAAAAUAGGAAAGAUAGCCAUAGAAGAAUGUGAAUUACUUGAGAUUUAGGCCAUGAUGGAGGAACAGAGAGUCUAGAGUAACAUUUUGAUGUUAUAAUCUCCAUGCCAUGGGGAGUGUGAGGAACAUGAGAGGUAGAGAUAUCACUUUUAACAUUUAUUGUUUCAUGAGAAAUAAAGAAAACCUUGUAUGAUUGGUAAUGUAAUAUCAAAUCAGGAAUGAUUAUUAUUAUUAUUAUUAUUAA